UCUGUCAAGGUUUAACCUUCAUCACUCUCUCUCUCUCUGUCAAGGUUUAACCUUCAUCACUCUCUCUCUAAACUCUGCAACUACCUCGUGCUAGCUGCCAUCCCAAUUUUCUGUAGUAUAGAGAAACCCUAAUAUGUGCGAUUAAAAGUAACAUUAUAACAUGCCAAUUCCAUGAUAACCAAAGGAAGGGGGCUCUAGUUCUCAGCCUUCUCUGUCCAAGAUUUAGUUCACAGAUUGAAAGAUGCUAUCUGAAAGUUCUGAUUUAGAACAACCGAGAGAUGGGAAAUCAAAUGGUGUUACAGUUUCUUCACCUAGUGAAGAUGACAGUGCUAGAGAACCCCUUGUUCCUGUCACUGCUUCGGUUGAAGCCUACUCUGUUGCAGCAACAAUUCUUCCGUUUUUAUUUCCAGCUUUAGGAGGACUCCUCUAUGGCUAUGAUAUUGGUGCAACAUCUGGUGCUUCCAUUUCUUUAGAGUCUCCUGAGUUAAGUGGCACCUCAUGGUAUGAUUUGAAUUCAUUCGAAGUUGGGCUUGUGGUCAGUGGUUCGCUGUAUGGGGCAUUGAUUGGAUCCAUUUUGGCAUUCGGUGUUGAGAAUUUCUUAGGAAGGCGGAGGGAAUUACUUGUGUCUUCUAUGCUAUAUCUUGUUGGAGCUCUUGUAACAGCCUUAGCGCCUGAUUUUCCAGUUUUGGUGGUUGGGCGUCUUGUAUAUGGUUUGGGAAUUGGAAUGGCCAUGCAUGCAGCUCCAAUGUACAUCUCAGAGACAGCUCCUUCUCAAAUACGUGGAAGACUGAUAUCUCUUAAAGAGUUUUUCAUUGUUUUGGGGAUGGUUCUAGGAUACACAGUUGGUAGUCUCGAGGUUGACAUAGUUUCUGGAUGGAGGUAUAUGUAUGGAACCAGCUGUCCAAUAUCAAUCAUAAUGGGAGUUGGAAUGUGGUGGUUGCCACCAUCUCCGCGAUGGCUGCUACUUUGUGCUGUACAAGGAAGGGGAUCCUUCCAAGACAUAAAAGAGAGGGCAACAUAUGCCUUAUGCCGAUUAAGGGGUCGAAUUGAUGACAACUCAACUUCAGAGAAAAUCGAUGAGCUUUUCGAUGAGAUCUCUAAUUCCAGUGAGGAGCAAGAAGCAUCUAUAGGAGAGAUUUUCCAAGGAAAGUGUUUAAAAGCCCUUGUUAUCGGUGCAGGCCUGGUUUUCCUUCAGCAGAUCACAGGUCAACCAAGUGUUUUGUACUAUGCGGCAACAAUUUUUCAGAGUGUGGGUUUCUCUGCAGCUUCUGAUGCAACUCGGGUUUCAAUUCUUCUUGGCAUACUAAAGUUAAUAACAACUGGAGUUGCUGUCAUUGUGGUCGACAGAGUUGGUAGGCGGCCUUUAUUAUUAGGGGGAGUUAGUGGCAUUGUGAUUGCCCUAUUCUUAUUGGCUGCAUACUACACUUUCCUGAGCAGUUUACCAGUUGUAGCUGUAGUUGCAUUAUUGUUGUAUGUUGGGUGUUACCAGCUGUCAUUUGGUCCCAUUGGGUGGCUCAUGAUUUCAGAGAUUUUCCCUUUGCGUUUUCGAGGGAAGGGACUAAGCAUAGCUGUACUUGUGAAUUUUGCUUCAAAUGCACUGGUCGCAUUUGCUUUCUCACCACUAAAGGCCCUGUUGGGAGCUGGACUUCUAUUUGCUGCAUUUGGGGUGAUUGCAAUACUUGCUCUGCUCUUUAUCUUCUUCUAUGUGCCAGAAACAAAAGGUCUCAGCUUGGAGGAAAUUGAGUCAAAGAUCCUUUAAAAGACAGUUCCUCUUCAUACGUAUACUGGCUUUUGUGAGUGGAGGGAGAGAGAGAGAGAGAGAGAGAGGUGGUUGGAUAGGAGAUGUAUUUCAAUAUUUGAUAUGUAGGCAACUAAUAGCAUUGUCUUCAGUUUGUGAAGAUGCAGUUUAAAAAUCCCUAUUGUUUAUAUGUACUCGAAAUCGUUCGUACUUUCUUGCAUGUCAUUGUCACUUAGACAUGUUCAGUAUUUAGAAUAAAUACAGUGAUUGAAUUUUGAUCGA